AUGGAUAUUCAUGAAGGGAAAAUGCAGCAUAUUUCAAGUGUUAUAAAGAUAAAUGGUAAACAAGGAAUAUUGAGGUAUUGGGGUCAAACUAAAACAUUUUUUUGUGGGGGUGAUAAUCACUUGGUGCCAGAAGAACAGAGUAAGUAUUAUGGGCAGAUAACUGAAAAAGAAAAUAUAACUAGUAUGGAGAAAGAUAAUGGGAGUGAUUUAGGAAUUGUUUACAAAGAGAAAGUAUUACAGUGCAAGAUAAAAACUGGUAUGCAACCCCAGGAAAUGAAGAAGGGAAAGAGGAAAAAUUGUAUACAAAGGUUGUGUAAAAAUGGUCUUGAAGAAAUACAAAGCCAUGCCUUCAAUGGAACAAACUUGAGUGAACUAGACCUCAAAGAUAAUAAGAAUCUGAAACAUAUACAUAAUGAGGCAUUUAUGGGAGCAACUGGACCACAGACUUUGGAUAUUUCAAGAACACAAAUAAGUUAUCUUCCAACAUAUGGGUUAAAUAAAAUUGUUAUCUUAAGGGCCAUGUCUGUGUACAAUCUGAAAAAGCUCCCUUCUUUGGAAAACUUUUCAGAGUUAUUAGUGGCUAAUUUAACAUACCCCAGCCACUGUUGUGCUUUUGCAAACUGGAAGAAGAUGUUAAUUUCAUUGCCUAUAUGUAAUCAAAUGCCCAUGAAAUUAGAAGAGCCAAAACAACAGAAAAACAGUCUGGAAGGUGACUUGGACAAUGGGCCCCACUUUCACGUUAUGGUUACAUAUCAGGAAUCAGACUAUGACUACGAUCUGUGUUCUGAAAGAAGUAUGGAGUGCUCUCCAAAACCAGAUGAGUUCAAUCCUUGUGAAGACAUCAUGGGACAUGAUAUCCUCAGAAUCCUAAUAUGGUUUAUUAACAUUUUAGCCCUAGUCGGAAAUACACUUGUAUUAGUUGUUUUGUUGACUAGUAGAUAUAAGUGUACAGUCCCUCGAUUCCUGAUGUGCAAUCUUGCUUUUGCUGACUUAUGCAUGGGGGUUUAUUUAUUACUCAUUGCAUCUGUGGACAUCCAUACUAAAAGCCAGUACUACAACUAUGCAAUAGAUUGGCAGACUGGGCCAGGUUGCAGAGCAGCUGGCUUUUUUACAGUAUUUGCCAGUGAACUCUCUGUUUAUACACUGACAGUAAUUACUAUUGAAAGAUGGCAUACUAUAACUUAUGCAAUGCAGCUGGAUCGAAAAGUGAAGUUUGUCCAUGCCACAUUUAUCAUGAUUGGUGGCUGGGUCUUUGCUUUUACUGUGGCCUUUUUACCUCUAGUUGGAGUUAGUAGCUACAUGAAGGUUAGCAUCUGUUUGCCCAUGGACAUAGAAUCACAGCUCUCUCAGGCCUAUAUUAUAGUAAUACUGCUACUAAAUGUUCUGGCGUUUAUUUUAAUUUGUGCAUGCUAUAUUAAAAUUUACCUUACUGUCAGAAAUCCUCACUUUGUUUCCACCAACAGUGACACCAAAAUUGCCAAACGCAUGGCAGUACUUAUCUUCACAGAUUUUCUUUGUAUGGCUCCUAUAUCAUUUUUUGCUAUAUCUGCUUCUCUUAAAGUUCCUCUCAUUACAGUGUCUAAAUCUAAAAUCCUUCUGGUACUUUUUUAUCCCAUUAAUUCCUGUGCAAACCCUUUCCUAUAUGCCAUUUUUACAGAAUCGUUCCGCAGGGAUUUUUUCAUACUGCUAAGCAGAUUUGGUUAUUGCAAAACACAAGCACAGAUUUACAGAACAGAAACAACAUCAUCAGUUCUUAAUUCCCAUAUGAGAAAUGGAAGUUAUGCAGGAGCAGCAAAAGCAAAUGAAAGCACUGCCCAUGUUUUGGUGCCUCUGAAUUCAAUGGGUUAGCACCUCUUGAUUAGCAUGAAGUCUUAUGAAAAUGAAAGAAUUUGUUUUUUAUGAUGUACAUAGAAUUAUCUUCAAAGGAGCCACAACACAUAUUUAUCAUGUAUAAUUCUUAAGAUACAUUUUGUUUCAUUAGUAAGGACAUGCAUAACCUGUAAAAAGACAAACCACUUGUGUAUAUCUGUAGCUUAAAAAUAUUGUUGAUUGCUAUAAAUGGCUGCUAGAGUAACUGUUUUCUCUGUGAUUUCCUGUCAUAUGUGUAGUGAUGUAAUAUAUUUAUGCAAACCAAAAAUACUGUUUGUAUGUAACUGUUAGGUAUAAGUCUAUUUAUACAUUUAUUACAAUAUUUUAUACUACCAUAUUUUGACAUUUUGGAGUAUAUGAACAUAAUAUAUUCUGCGAUAUUCACAAAAAACAUGUAAAUACUGGAGCAUUUCUCCCCGGGCCUCCACU